GCCACUUGUUAAGGAGUUGCAACGGUGCAGAUCGAGAAGAUAAUCUCCAUUAAAAGGACUCCUCGGUACAUUUAUUCGAGCAAGUGUGUACGUGUUCCAAAACAAUACAAAAAGGCUUCGGAUACUAAUUUCUAAAAGAAGAACGAAAUAUCGAAACGGUAUUGGGCUCAAGGGAUUGUGAAGAUAUAAGAAAAAUAAAACGUUGAUAAAAAAAUUGAAAAGCGAAUCCCAUGAUUUUGGAUGUUAGCGAUAAAGCUCGAUGGGCUUUGGUGGGACGAUUGAACUUGCAACACUCUUUGUUUCGCAUCGUUUGAAACACGCGCCCGAGCGUUUCAUCGCGAAAAGUACAGACACAAAAGAAUCUCGUGUUAUUAAAUUCUGGAAGUUUUCAAAGUUUUCACAUUUUGCGAAAGGAAGUAUGCAGGGAAUAUGUGAUGAGAGGAACUCGUGUAGAGCGUUCGCUUUCAGGACGAAAUAAAUUUGACGUAUUCCGAGAAACUUUGAAAGAGUUGCAUUUGUGUUUGAAGAUGUGAGGAAAGUUUGGUAAAGAAAGUAACGACGAAAGGCGCGCGUCCCAGCCGAGAUCCUCGGUUGACAAUGAGACUAUGCGUUUCGCAUUUCCUUCGGAAUAUGUUCCAGCGAGCUCGGGAUUAAUUGUCAGGAGGCGAAAGUUCGAAACUCCAUUCUCGAGGAAAAGAACUCUCUUUUUGUCCAGGAGUUCAUUUAGUCGGAAUGGAAUUUGACGCUUGAUACAAAACCCUCGAGAUUGCGUUAUGAAAUACUCACUUGCUCGUAGACCUAGGUCCGUAUGCGGUGGAAUAAAUCGACGAAAAGACGAAUUUAUUUGACGAAACAAAAAGUUCAACGUUGGUGCGAUCUCGAUGUGAUUAAGUGCGAAGAAACGAUCCGAGAAUAUAAGCAGCAAUUUUGAUAAUUCUUCAGAAACAUGAAUGGAGUAAGCUUGGAUCGCUGGUACAACUGCAGUGCAACAGUUCUCGAGCAGGACAUAAAUUAUGUGUUGGGACUUAAUCGCAGUGAGCUGUUCAGCGUUCUCAGCGAUGUUCUUGUGAGAUCGACGAGACGAGAGUUUCUACGAUCUGCACUCACCGAUUGCCUUUUCACUGGACAGGAGCGUCCCUUUGAUUUGGCUUGGUGGCAAAAACUUUCUUGGUCGAUGGUGUUUGCUGUUAUUUUGCUCAUUGCUACGGGAGGAAAUAUAAUCGUCAUGUGGAUCGUGCUCGCGCACCGAAGGAUGCGCACUGUCACCAAUUACCUAUUGGUGAAUCUAUCGGUAGCAGAUUUGAUGAUGUCCUUGCUCAACUGCAUUUUCAAUUUCAUCUUUAUGCUCGACUCCAAUUGGCCCUUCGGGGUGGCUUACUGCACCGUCAACAAUUUCGUGGCAAACGUCACCGUGGCAUCGAGUGUCUUCACCCUCGUCGUAAUAUCAUUUGACAGAUACAUGGCGAUCAUGCGACCCCUGAAGCAUCACAUGUCACGUAGACGAACCAUAAUUGCUCUCAUUUCGAUAUGGUUGGCGUCCGCGUUAUUGGCUAUGCCUUGUUUGCUGUAUUCCACAACGAAAACCAGAAAGUAUUCGAAUGGGAAGUCACGAAUAAUUUGUUAUCUUCUGUGGCCAGAUGGAGAUUAUCUCAACAGUAAAACCGAGUAUAUAUACAACUUGGUAUUCCUGGGGGUAACGUACCUCAUACCGAUGGCGGUGAUGGCCGUGUGCUACACUCUCAUGGGACGCAAAUUGUGGGGUUCGAAAUCCAUCGGGGAGCACACCGAAUAUCAAAAAGAAUCGAUGAAGUCAAAACGAAAGGUUGUGAAGAUGUUUAUCAUCGUCGUGACAAUAUUCGCAGUGUGCUGGUUACCCUACCACGGAUUCUUUAUUUUCCUCUACCAUCACCAACGCUUUACGAGAACCACUUACGUGCAGCACGUGUAUCUUAGUUUUUACUGGCUCGCAAUGUCCAACGCCAUGGUUAAUCCUAUUAUCUACUACUGGAUGAACACGAGGUUUCGAGUAUACUUUCAACAGAUCAUCUGUAAAUGCUGCUGCAUGAUGGGACGUUCGAAUAUGAGAAGCCGUCAAAUGCAAGAAAUGGCAGCCCUGCAACGUUCUGACAUCGCCCAUUCAGGCCGUAUGAAAUCAACGUCAAUUCGAUGGCGACACAGUGCAGGGGAAAGUCACCUGCAAGCUUUUCGUAUGGACUCACGUUCCAUAUGCGAAAAAAUCCAUCCACGAGAAAACGUAGCUAUUAUUUGAAGUAGAUGAAGAUACUCAUUAGAGAUGAAAAUAUAUGAGGAACGAGACUUUACUGAUUUUUGACGUCACCAUUUCGGAGAAAAAAAUACGUACAAAAACGAGGGAAAGAAAUGAAGAAAAAAAGAUACGUCGAGCGUUCGUACGUCAAUUGAUUGCAGGAGACAUAUAUUUCUAUGCGAGUGUAAAAAAAAAAGAAUUGGCAAGAUAAUUCAACGGAUUCGGUAUUCUGCGAUACGAAAUACAGUGAUAAAGAUAUUUUCGUGAUAAUUUUUCUUAAUUACAUAGCAAUCUAUUUCAUAAGUUCGUCGUUUAAUCCAGAUGGAACACAAAGAACUUAAUUUUAAGGAACACCCUUGUCUUUUUUACGAACGAUUUUUUUUCUCGUUAAGAUACAAAAGAAUGUUAUUCUUUUAUCAGUUUGUUGGUCAAUGAUUUAUUUCCAUGUGAUGUAUUGAUGCACAAUAUAUUGUUAAUUAGAGAAGGCUCGCUUGACACUUUAGCAGACUUCUGACGAAUGAUAUUGAAUUUGAAUACAACGAUUGGAAUAAUAAUUCGAUUUUCAAUGUUAGAGGAAAAAUGGUCGUCAGAAAAAAUACAGGAAUUGUUGAAACAGCGCCACACCGAAUACGAAAAGAGUCAAAAAAGUUGUGAAAUACUAUCGAUAUUAAGUGCUGGUUUCUUGGCAGACGUGUCAAAUUUGAAGAGAAUUUUCGUGAAGCUGCAGAAUGGAUUUUCUUUUCAUUCGAAAAACGAUCAUUAAAUUAACAGUUAGUAGAAAAUAUUCGAAAAAAAAUAAUGUGCUCGGAGGUUGAAAUUCACUUGAAACCAAUUGAAAACCCCUGAGCUAUCCUUUUGAUUUUUCCAAACGUUGUUAAAAUUCCUGCCUAACUUUUUUUAAAAUCGUUGAUUUUAUACGAGAAUUAUUUGUGACUAUGAGAAGAAAGAAGGCAAUAUGCAAAAAUACUGUCAAUGUCAGAAUGUCAAUCGAUUCAAGUUGCAUUGAAAUUUAUACUGUUAAGUAUCAUGUCCUAGAGAAAACAUUGUUACACUAUUAAGCUGCGUACCUAAAUUGGUGUAAUUCAAUAAACUCGAGGAAAAAAAAUAUCGAUUUUCUAAAAUACAAAAAAAAUGUAAAUGUAUUUCUGGCAAAUGAAGUAACAAACGUCGACAAUAGACAUUUUUCUGCGUUUACUAAAAUAUCGAAAUAUUGAGUUCACAUUGAAUUGAACGACAAUACAUUCGUACAUCAUAAAAUGUUGGUUACGUUGGCUGUUAAAUAUCAACUAAAAUUCCAAGUCGGUAUUCCGAUCUUUCCAAUUAUAUAUGGUAUGUGUAUAAAAGUGAUAUAUAAGAUCAUCGUUACAAUAAAUUGAUUUUAUCAUAUAAAA